AGCUGUACAGGCUCGGGCGAAACGAUAGCGAUAUAUCCGAUGUCCGUUUGGGGCCAAUUGAACACCUCGCUGCAGGCUCUCUGUCAGGCGCUGGCAGCAAGUUAAUAGUUUUGCCCAUGGACACUGUCAGGAAACGACUGCAGGUCCAGGGCUUUGAAUCGGCGAGGAAGAAUUUUGGCAAAAUCGUCAAAUACAAAAACAUGACCCAUUGUAUGGGCGUGAUCUACGCCAAUGAGGGCUUGGUGGGAUUCUAUAAAGGAGGAGUUCCUGCAACACUUAAAGCACUGAUCGCCAGUUCAGUGACGUGGAUGGCCUUUGAACAGCUGUCGAAGUUUCUCAGCGAGAGACGGACUGAGCCUCGAGCACUGUAAUAUGCGACACGCGAACCGAUGUCGUAAUUUAGAAACACCCUGGAGGAGCUGUCGAGGGUGCUCAACGAAUCGAGAGUACCUGCAUAGGUCUCGAGCGAAAGGCCGGGCUAGAUUUAAUUUCACAAUUUGCAACACCACCACACCUCACCCAGAUGUCGCAAAUUAGUCACACCCGUGAGAGCCUGUUGGCGGUGGUACUGAGUCACGAACACUCAAUAUAGGCGACAUUUCGCGAGAUCGAGAGAAUUGUUGUGCAUAGAGCCUUUGCCGCAUGGCGGGGGGUGGUCAGCUAUAGGCCGGACGGACGAGAGAGAAAGGGUGGGGUAGGACAAUUUAAUGUAAGCUUUGAUAUAAAUAGAUGAAAUGAACGAAAAUGGCGAACACCAGACAGCCAUAAACCACUGUCAAUGGUGUGUGACUGUAGACAGUCUGUACAAGGGAACCUCAACUACUGUAAUAUCUGCGACAUGAAGACAUCCAUAAACCAUUGUCAAUGGUGUAUAACUAUGAAUGGUCUUUACAAGGGAACCUCAACUACUGUAACAUCUGCGAAAUGAAGACAGCCAUAAACCAUUGUCAAUGGUGUAUAACUAUAGAUUGAUUGUACAGGGAACCUCAAAUUCUGUAACAUCUGCGACGUUCCGCGAUGAUGAUCUUGAAGUCCUAAAGGGCGACACAUUGAAUCGUUUGUUGAAGAACGUCAACAAACUGCGGACUUAGAUGUAGGAAUCUCGAAUACUGUAGCAUGGGCGCUAUACCAUUAAGGCCAGUAUCAAUUCAGUAUACUUAGAAGAAGUAUGAAUCUCGAAUACUGUAGCAUGGUCGAUUCUAUCAAUGUGUUCAGGAUCAGUUCAGUCCGAGUCUGGCGGCUUAACGGCGCACUGGUGUCCCGCUGUGGGUAGUCUGUUGCAGAAGGCGAGCAGUACAAUGAAGUGCAAUGACGGUCUGAAAUGCUGUACAGUGUUUUAUCUAGUGUCUGUGCGGUGUCAGUGUACGGUGGCGACGGCCUGAAAGCCUGGUGUAUGAUAUCUAGCAGAAGCGAGGUGGGCAGGUUAGGUAGCACUCGUACAAGCGUCGAAGGUAAUCAUCAGUGAAUAGGGGAGACUAAGCGAGGGCCAGAUACCAGUAUGCGGCCACGGAAAGGAAUAGGCGUGGCUGCUGUGGGUGGCAGGUGGGCCACAUGGGUUGGGAUGUGCUACCUGUAUAGUUUGCGACAAAGUGAUGAUUUGCGACACUUCUGUAAACUGUCACUUUUUAAAUGGGAUCGUUCAAUAUUCUUCAGCGACAGUUGGAUUGUGCCAAGAGACCUGCGUCUUAAGUCUCUGUCGUUUGUGACAGUGCAAUAUAUUAAACCUGCAGUGUAUGGCAGCGACUGUGGGGAGCAAAUUUAAAGUUAUAGCAGUAGGCCGGGUGAACAACGGAGUGGGGUGAGAACUCUUUCGAAUGUUGGACACCAUUGAAUAUCUUGCCGAGAGCGAACAUCGCUUCGUAGUAUGCGACAGUGUGACAAUUUUACGUAGUUGUCACAGGACGUGGUUGUGAUAAAUAUGCAUAUUAAAGAACAUGAGAUGUC